CGCGCCUACUUCCGAGAAGGAGACGCAGCCCACAUUAAAACAAGGAGAAACCCGAAAUAACCUUUCAGAGCAGGACUGUUAGCGGUCAUCAUUGUUGGCGUUCAGACGUAAGAAAGGGCUCUUGAGUUUUAGUUAAACAUGUCAGAUCCUGUCAUGGCUAUUACUGCAGUCCUUCUGCUGAGCAGUCUUCGCUUUUUUGCAGUUAAUGCUCAAGCUCAAGGCUGUUCCAGACCUGUUGGAGAAAACAUGGAUUUAAAGGGCAAUGGCAUCCUUCUAACUAGUUUCCCAGAUGGGACCACAGUUACAUUUGCCUGUAAUACUGGAUAUGUGUCUGCAGGAGGUUCCCCAAGUGUUACUUGUACUGCUGGAAGUUGGAGUCCUGUGCGGAUGAAAUGCGAGAGGUACAACUGUGGCCCUGUGGGGGAAGCUGAAAAUGGACAGAUUGAAUAUCAUCCUGGGACUGAAUUUGGUGAUACAGCAGUGGUCAUUUGUAACCCUGGUCAUAUGCCAGUUGGUGUAGGAAAGCUCACUUGUGGAAGCCAAGGGUGGAUGGGCAGGUUGCCUGUAUGUGAAGUGACAAAAUGUGAAUCACCACCUGAAGUAGAGUAUGGCUCUUUCAGUCCAAAUAAAGAUCUCUAUGAAUAUAAUGAAGUUAUACAGUACACCUGUAAAAGCGGCUAUACACGUAAUGGAUCAAGACAGUUGCAUUGUUCGGAUGAUGGAACAUUCAAGCCUGAGCCUCCGAAAUGUAUCAAGGUUGAAUGUGAAGAUCCAGAGAUUUCAUUUGGACAGUUGAGUAGCGGUGCUCGACCUCCAUAUGGAUACUCGUCUACAGUCAUAUUACAGUGUAACGGUGGAUACACAAUGAUUGGAUCUGCUACUGUGAUGUGUGAGCUAAAUGGUCAAUGGUCACCUGGACUUCCUCGGUGUAUACCAAAACCCGCAACAACUACCACUACAACCACUACGACCAUAACCACUACUAACCCUUCUACCCCAAAGAAACCAGCAGUUCCAUCUGGAGAAGGAUGUGAGGAUCCCAAAAAGAGAAAUGCUGAGGUGAUUGUGAGCUCUCAACCUCCAUAUAGACAUGGGGCUACGGUGACUCUCAGCUGCCCGUCUGGAUACGAGCUAACCGGAUCAGGUACCCAGACAUGUGGAAAAGGUGGUCUGUGGUCACCAGGAAUUCCAGAAUGUGCACUGGACAGUGGAAGUGGCAGUGGCAGUUCUAAUCGUGUUCUUAUUGGCGUUUUGGUGGCCAUCGUCAUCGUUGGAGGCAUUGUUGUUGUUUGUUGUGUGUUUUACCACAAAAACAGCAAAAAAGAAAAGCGUAAGCAUGGCAGCCUGGCUACUCCACGACUGCUGUCUAUAAAAACAGCUUCCUAAGAAGAAUGUCAAAGGACCAGUCUUUGAAUGUACGUGCCCUCUGUGUACACGCAUUUGCCUGAAGUUUCUGAGCAACUGUCUUAAAAUUGGUUUCCAAAGACCGAGAAACAUCUUUGGAUUGGGACAUGUUAUGCUUCGAGUGGCUUGUCUCAUGACUUUCUGUAUUCUGAUCAUUAGGAAGAAACGUAUAAAUAUUUAUCAGAAAAGCUUAAAUUCUAUGUUUAAUUUAUCUGUUGCACUGUAGUAAAGGAACACCACUUGACCAUUGUUGUUCAUUUAAACAGAUGGUGUAAAAUAAGCAAAAUUAGCACAUUGUCUGUUUGGUUGUCAUAUGGCUUAACUGAAGUUUAGCCAAAAUGAUUAGAUACCAUGUAACUACUCAUUUGGAUCAAAUAAAUUUGUUGGAACAGUUUGGUGUGUAUAUAGGACUGCUGGUUGAUGAACCAGUCCUGUACUUACGACUUGCAGAAAGAAAGGGGGGGGGGGAAGAAGAAAGUUGGAUCUGUAAAAUAGCCCCAAACCUAAAUGUAAGGCAUCAUUAAUUGUUUUAGCUUGUGCUUCAUUUAAAUAGUUGUGAAUUUCAUAAAUGUGACCCCAGUUAUUGGGUGUAAAAACUU